AUGACAGGGGAGGCAUUGACUUCUAAAGAUCCAAAGAAGAUCAAUGGGGCUCCUACUUGUUCUACCAACUACCAAGCUAUUAAUGAAAUUGAUGUUGAGAUAGAGGACCACCACAACAUCCAAGAGUUCCCAACUCUCCCUACGGGUAACAAUGUUCGGGACUCUUCCCCUGUUCCUACGGUUGGGGGAUCUUCUAAUGGGCAGCAUCCAAGCAAGCAUAUGAGUGUUCCACAAACUAAGCCCACACCUACAAAGCCAUGGAGCCAAGUAUUAAAGCAGAAUGCUAUGAAAAAAUCCAGCUCUCUAACUGUGGAAAGCUGGAAGCCCAAACCAGCUCCUUUACAAGCUAGCUCAGAUAGGCUAGAUAAUGGAAAGGCAAUUGCAACUAUGACUGGGUUAGAACAGCAAGAGGCUGGUCAGACUCAAGUAGAGGAAUUGAUAGGAGGUUACCAAGCUUCUUCCUUGGUCACGGUCAAGAAUAAUAUGGGAAUGGUUAUCCAAGGUGGCGCCUCUACCUCUUCUCAACAAGAAAUUUUGGGUCAUGAUCACCAUAUCACUAAGAUAACAGUCAAUGAGAGUACCCCUCCCCAACUGCUCAUGCAAGCUGGUGUUACUUUGGCAUCUAACAAAUUUGAGGAGCUCAACAAGGAGGGGGCAAAUUGUGGUUGA